CGGAUGAUUCCCGCCAUGUUGCCCUGUGCCUCAAUUGGCCAGCGCUGCCAGUUAUAGCAGCUGAUACGAACACGAAGCUCGCUUCAUGAGUCAACCAGGCAGUACCGGAGAGAAAGACAGAGAGCCAAGGAGCUGAUCUAAAGACAGGUUCAGGGAGAGGGAGACAGAGAGAGAGAGAGAGAGAGCUGAGAGAGAUUUUACACUGCCAGGUUGAAUCUUACCAUCUGCCUUUGCCUCUCACAGACCGACAAGAUGAAUCACAGCACCAGUGAACCGGAGACAGAGAACACAGAGAGCCUGCGCUACCUCAGUAAGGUGGAAGCAUCUGCCAUCGAGACGGAGUUGGUGCGGGACUACCGGUUUGGGCAGCAGCAGCUGAUCGAGAUGUGGGGUUAUGCCUGCGCCAUUGCCAUAACCAAGGCUUUUCCUCUGAAGUCUUUCAGCAAGAAGCAGCCAACAAUCCUGGUGGUUUGCGGCCCUCACCAGAGUGGCUCAGUUGGCCUUGUGUGUGCCCGACACCUGCGUAUAUUUGAGUAUGAGCCGACUAUCUACUAUCCUAAGCGUUCCUCACACAGCGUGCACCAAGAUAUCACCGUUCAGUGUGAAAAGAUGGACAUCCCCUUUCUCUCAUACCUGCCCACUGAGGUCCAGUUGAUAAAUGAUGCCUACAACUUGGUAAUUGAAGCCAUGCUGGGUCAAGACAGUGACGCCAAUGAUAUCAAGGAGCCUUACUCCAGUAUCCUGGUAACCUUGAAACAGGUCAAAAUACCCAUAGCCAGUGUUGACGUGCCCUUAGGUUGGGAUGCUGAAGAGGCCAGUAAGGAUGGCAUCAGCCCUGACGUCCUCAUCUCCCUCAUGGCCCCUAAAAAGUGCGCCACUAAUUUCUCUGGGAAGCACUUUCUGGCAGGACGCUUCCUUCCUUAUGACAUACAGAAGAAAUAUGAACUGAAUCUUCCUGAAUUCCCAGAUACAGAGUGUCUUAUAGAACUGUAAUACAUGCACAAAAAUAUGAAUAUUUUCGAUACACAAGGAUCAUAUAGACUUGAUUUGUAUUUUAUAGAUUGCUUACUGUUCUGCAUUGGUUCUUUAAAGAGCAGCUCUUGCCCAAGUGAGAAUAUGAUCUUUUGACCACUUGCUCCAGAAAUAAUGUUUUAGAAAAUGUGGUUAGUCUGAGUUGUGCAAUGUUUCUUGGAAAAAAAACGUUUCAGGGUUGUUCCUCUGCUCCCUUUUUUUACGCCUACGCAAACAAAACAAUCCACUGAUUUUUCUCCUUUUUUCUCCUCAUCACAAACUACUUAUUCUCCUUAUCACAAACUACUUAUUCUCCUUAUCACAAACUAAGUAUUCUCCUUAUCACAAACUACUUUUUCAUUCAUCAGUUUCAUAACACUUUAUUUUCUCCUUAUCACAAACUACAAUUUCAUACAUCAGUUUCAUAACACUUUCAGUGACUACUGUACCUCCUGUUGAAGCUGUCUGAUCUUAAACUCAGUUUGUUAUUGUGCCGAUGUGCACACAUUAGUGACUUUUUCAGAAAACUGCACUUCCUCGCUUCAUUAAUCCCUCAUCAUAUUCAACUGUUGCAAUACCGUGGCGGAAUGUACAAAUUUAGUCUGGUUAUUUAACUUGGAGGACAAUUUUACACAGUUGCAAUGCCUUCCCUCAUUCCAUUGCAAGGGUGGAAGGUAUACUCAGUCAAAACACUGACUGGAGUGGUGCCACCGGUAUGUUCCAGGGUGGAGCUCAACAACAAAUUACUUUGUCUUGCAAGCUUGCUGGAUGUGGUUCCUUUCUGUUGCAUUUAGCUCUUUCUGUUAAGACAUGAGUUGAGAGACAGCGGUGUGUUCACUUUUGCCUAGCCAAUGCUUCAAAUGAUAGUAUUAGUUUCACUCCUGAUCAAUGAAAAGUACAUAAUUCCAUAGUUUAAAAAAAAAUCUCACAGGUUCCUAUUAUGACUUCAUAUUAUACUUUCUAUUGGGUGAGAUUCUAUUUGGGUAAAAGUAGCUAUAUUUCUUUUCUGUCAUGUAUUUAUUUAUUCAAAGAUUACCAGUGAGAAUAUUUUCGGUAAUUGAAUGGCACCCUGUAAGGCGGAAUGCACUCUACAAUAUGGAUAUCCAGAUUUCCAAGGUCUGGCCAAUGGGCCGAAGGGGUUUAACAGACGACUUAUCUCAUAUCUCACAACAAAGGACUCAUUGCAUACUGUAACCACAAUCCCACAAAGGGCUUCACACAUCUGGGUAAAUAGGCCUCAUCACCUACUAAGAAAGAGUCAACUCUGUCAAGUGGUUCCCACACUGGUGAGGUCGACCCCCGCCACCUUGGCACAGAGCUGACCUAGGAACACCUAAACUAUCUGUAAAUGUAUAUGAAUGUAACAUGUUUGGUCUUGAAUUGAUCCUUACAAUGGGCAGACUGAUGCUGUGCAUUACAAUCUCAAGUAUCUGCACACGAUUGUGUUUUUGAGAAGAAUCUCAGUACUUUAGCUCCGCAUACUAAUCAGCCUUCCUGACACCUUGGUAUUCAACUCCAGUCAGCUUCACUGGGCUAAAGUGUGCUACUCCAGUCGAUCUAUCAUUGGCUUCAAUGGGCUAAAGUGUGUUGUUAUUGGUUUGUGGCAGAUGCAUCGAAUUGGUUUAAGGAUAAAUAAAGUAAUCUUGUAACAUUUGGUCACUUUUGCGACUCUUUUACUUUUCUCUUCUCUUUUUCUCUUCUCUUAUCUUUGGCUCUUCUCUUUGACUCUUCUUUUCUCUUUGGCUUUUCUCUUCUCUUUGACUCUUCUCUUCACCCUUGCUCUCUGGAUCUCUUCUUUGGCUUUCACUCUCUCUCUCUCUCCAUCCUUUGCCUCUCUCCCCUUCUCAUCUCCUUUAUCUGAUUCACUCACUCAUUCAGGUUAGGUUUUUUUUUUUCUUUAAAUAUGAUGCAUUUAAGGUAUCAGGUUUAUGUGGUCAUUGAAGUAUAUUCGGUCUAAUUGGCAUCCAACCUGUUUUUUCAAUUGUUACUAUUUACAGUUGUACUCAUCCAUUUGGUUUUUACUGUACAUUCAGUUUGACUGAUACUUGUAAUAUUUAAGCUUAUCGUUGUUACUUACUGGAUAAACUGUUCAUUCACUAACUAUUAAUUUAAGUCCUUCUUAACCAUGCCAUUAAAUUGUGCUACUAUCUUAUAUUGGAGGUAAUUCAAUAAUUUCACUCUAAUGAAUUCUACUGUCCAAUAAUGUUCAGACACAUAUACACCUUCCAGACUGGCGUUUUCCAUCUUCGGUAACAUGUUGGCUGCUUAUUUACACUGGCUGUUGAUAGACUUAAAUGUUACUUUUUUCAUUUUUGAUUGAAACUACUGUAUCUCUUUAGUUCAAUGGCUGUUUGCUCAUGAACAGUUAAUAUCUCUGAAUCAAAUAAAAUUUCUCACUUUAAAUUUA